AUGUCUAUUCCGCGAAUCCACGAAUCCCGGAAAUCCACCCCGACGUGCCGAUCCAUGGUAUUGAAGGUGCCAAUGAUAUUAGUGAUACUGAUUUUUGACGAUGACGGUCUUCAUUGCGAGUCUGACACCGACUCCGAGACUGAAGCUGGCGACACUGAAGAUGCAGCGGCACAUAUUCUUCGGUCUGCACUCCAUAUGAGCGAUGUUCUUGGAGCCGGCGAAUACGAAGAGUGCAUCUGGGUUGGAGGGGCUCAGCCAACUGAGAAUCUUCCGUUCGACGAUGAAGGAAUACCACACGAGGAAGAUGACCGAGAGUCUACCAGCCAACACGAUUCACCGAUGCUAUAUACCGACAUCGAAGACACAUCGGUUUUGGUUCCGAUACGCCAGAAUAAGUCAAUCGAGACAUCCAGCUUUGAGAAGGCUCUUGCGACCUUUGCCGAUUUGACUGGUCUAAGCCGUCAAGAUUGGGCAUCCCUUCGGGAGGUGCUUUUCCUGAUCCGCGGCAAAGACGGCAGUGUCCCUUCAAUGAUACAGAGCCUCCCGAAACAGCUCUCAACACUUCGAGACCGUAUGCGCCGCCGGAUGCCGAUGAUGAAUAUGCGCGAGGCAGACAUCCCUCUGAAUAUCUUGAAGUUACCGACAAUGCCAGCUAGUUUGAAGCCUGAGGAACGUCACAAGGUUGAGAUAGCACGGGCUCAAGCAGAAAGCAGAAGUGCAGCACUCACCGCUACUAGAGCAGCGACCAGAAUCUCUCGCGAUAAAGGCAGGCACAGCACCGAGGCACGAGACGCGGCAGUAGCAGCAGAGAAGGCUAAGAAAAACUGCGUCCGGAAUUGCCGCGGCAUUGAGGACGACUCUGACGACAUUGUCAACCUACAUAUCGGCCGUGUCUAUGGCGUUGGGCUCGAUCACCGCGAAGAUCCAUGCACACAAAGUCGAAACCAAAUGUGCCUACAGCUUCAGGAGGCAUACCGGCUUGGCGAUCACCGACUUGCAAACAUCGAACUCACGCCGCCACAGACCGACUGCUGGAAGCCGCCCCGACGCACGGAACGGUCACCUCCGGAGCCUCUACCCAAAUAUGUCUGGCCAGUAUUCAGGAGGGAACGUAGGGAGAAUGAGUGGUACGAGUGUCGGCGCAUCCUGGUUAAGAAGGAAGCUCUCCCGCUCUGUCGGACGCAUCCAAUCCGUGGAGAGCUCGAACUCCAGCAUUUUGGUCGACAUGUAUUCGAGAAUGAGUGGGAUCAGGCUAAGAACGGCAUGCCAGUGGUCUCCCUUCCCCACCUGGACUUCAUUGACGGUUUUGGUGUAUUCCAAAAUUCGUACCGGACUUUGAUGGGGUUCUACUUCACACCAGCAGGGCUUUGUGAAGAGGAGCGUUUUAGUCCGGGCAGCAUUUUCCCAAUCGUACUCGGGCCUCAUGCAUCGGACUUUGGCGAGGUUAUUAAAGCGCUGAAGACGAUGGCUCAUCUCGACGCCGGUAUCGUCAUGACUAUUCGCGACAAAAUCGUCCGUGUUUGCGCAUUUGCGAUGUGUUACAUUGGCGAUAUGCCUCAACAAGCCGAGAACUCCGGGUUCAAAGGCCCACGAGCACACAAGUUCUGCAGAUGCUGUUUCGCGGCCUCCGGCCAGCGCGCUGUCAAUCCCGAUGUCAUGCUCAAGUUCGAUCAUAUCACUCACGGCCGGUUUCACACUCAGACCCUGGAGAUGCAGCAGAUGCUGCACCGCUCAUUGCAAACUGCGUCGGAACGGAAACGAUAUUGUACGCAGUGGGGGAUGGCUGAAGAUCUGCCGGUACUUCCCCGCUUGUCACCGGCCCUUGAUCUGGUCAUGUCACGGCCCAUCGACGCAGCACACUCUGAGUACAACGGUCUUGGCAACUUGAUGCACUUUCUCCUUCGGGAUGGCAUUCUUACAAAGUCAGCGCGCUCGGAAUAUGCUAUACAGCUCCGGACUUGGCCUUUCCCACCGGGUUGGCCACGUUUACAGUCACCAGUUCACCAUUUAUCAAGCUACAAGAUGUCUCACCACGCGCGAUGGAUCGUCAUUAUCCCAGCCUUGCUCCUAAACUGGUUAAAGAGGGAGCACAUUCGGCCAAGGUUCUGGGACCAAGCUAAGAACCACGAGAAAGAUCCGAUUGAGUUGGUCAUCGAGACUACUGCUGCGAUUGCAAAGAGCAUUACCGUUCUGAUGGGGACUCGUGUGUCGCGUCGGGACCGUUACCUCAUGGGCAACAUCAUUUACCGGGCUCGCUACCUUUUCAACCAGCUCUGUUUACUUGCAGCUGUGACCUCAACCGGGUCGUCUGGUGCGUCACACGCAGGGACGCCGGGAGUCCAAGUUAUCGAUGAGUCAGUUCUCCAAGACGGUGUCGUUGAUGAUUCUGGCCGGGCAUUACAGUACCAGAACGACACACUGCGCCCAAAUAUUCAUGUCGCCGUUCAUUUCCCAGACUUCGCGGAGGAGUACGCUUUACCUGUCAACUGUAACACACUCACAGGCGAAAACUUACACCGAUACGUCAAGACCCGUGUCUACGAAACAAAUUACUCCAACGUGGAGAAGAUCCUGCUGAUGAAAGUCAAUUUCCAAGAGACGAUGCGCCUGCUCCUCCAGAACGCUUUUCAACAUGACGACCCGGAACUCACCAGCGAGACGCUUGCACUUUACCAGCAGUGCCCGACCCUUUUCAAUCAAGUACUAUCCCGAACGGACCGAAAUGAGAUGGAUGCCCUACUCGAAAACGAAGACCACGAGGUGGAAAUCGACCAGUCCGCAGACAGCAAUCAUCUCAGACCGGCUGCGAUCAAUCGUAUCCCAACAAAAAGUGUUGUCGCAACCCACCCAAUUAAUGAUGGCAAUAGAAUCCCGACUCGCUCCGGGGACCUCAACACGACAUCGACUUGGCGUGGUCAUCUCCGACUGGCAUACCAGUAUGACUACGGCAAACCUGCACAAUAUCCAUCUCUGUUCGAGAACCGGCCAAUCCAGUGGUCACGGAAGUUCGGAUUCACCGACAGGAAGUCGAACGACCGCUUCACGUUCAGGACUGGCGACUUUGUACGAUUCAAGGGCGACAACCAGACUCUUUUCGGGCGUGUGGACCAUAUCUUCGUCCUCGACAACGACAAGGACAGACACAUCUUCACAGUACUAACACUGAUCAAGCGUACAAAGACUCGACAUAAGCUCCUGGACUUGGAGAUAAUGGAGGAGACGGAAGAUGCUGUAGUGUUUGGGGUGCCUGUCAUUCGCCCUGUGCGUCUCUACAUGGUACCGGUCAGGGGCGUUGGCAUCAUCUGGGUGAACUGGGACAUACAUGCGUUGUGA